AUGCCGAUGUACCAGGUAAAGCCCUAUCACGAGGGCAGCGCAUCUCUCCGUGUAGAGCUUCCCACCUGCAUGUACCGGCUCCCCAACGUGCACGCCAGAACCGGCAGUCCAGCGCCGGACUCAGGCCACGUGCAGGAAGAGUCCGACCCAUCUCUUCAAGCCCUUGAGUCCCGCCAAGAUGAUAUUUUAAAACGUCUCUAUGAAUUGAAAGCUGCGGUUGACGGCCUCUCGAAGAUGAUUCAGACACCAGACGCAGACGUGGACGUAACCAACAUAAUCCAAGCUGACGAGCCCGCUGCUUUCUCGACCAGCGCGUUGGACUUAAACUCGGUGCUUGGAAAGGAUUACGGGGCGCUGAAAGACAUCGUGAUCAACGCAAACCCUGCCUCCCCUCCCCUGUCCCUGCUCGUGCUGCACAGGCUCCUGUGUGACCACUACAGGGUCCUGUCCACCGUUCACACGCACUCUGCAGUUAAGAGUGUGCCAGAAAACCUCCUCAAGUGCUUUGGCGACCAGACCAAAAAACAGCCCCGUCACGAGUAUCAGCUGGGUUUUACUCUAAUUUGGAAGAAUGUGCCGAAGACGCAGAUGAAGUUCAGCGUCCAAACGAUGUGUCCCAUCGAAGGAGAAGGGAACAUCGCCCGGUUUCUGUUCUCUCUGUUUGGCCAGAAGCAGAAUGCUGUGAAUUUAACCCUCAUAGAUAGCUGGGUAGAUAUAGCGGUUUUUCAGCUAAAAGAGGGAAGCAGUAAAGAAAAAGCCGCUGUGUUCCGCUCCAUGAACUCCGCUCUUGGCAAGAGCCCCUGGCUGGUUGGGAAUGAACUCACUGUGGCAGAUGUGGUGCUGUGGUCCGUGCUCCAGCAAACGGGAGGCGGCAGCAUGACAGUGCCGGCCAACGUGCAGAAGUGGAUGAGGGCGUGUGAGAACCUGGCCCCCUUCAACACUGCCCUCAAGCUCCUUCAGUGA